AUUUUAUUAAAUUUGUGGCCGAAGAGAAGCAUUUUAUUGCACAUAAAAAAAUGAAGUUCAUAUCAUUCAUCAUUGUCAUCGCAUCAGGAGCUUUAGCUCUUGCACAACUCCCUCACUGUCCAGAACCAAUUGGUGAACAAGCAUAUGCACAUCCAGAAAUUUGUGAUCAAUUUUUCCUCUGUGUCAAUGGAACUCUCUCAUUAGAAACAUGUGAGAAUGGAUUAGUCUUUACCGGCAAAGGUGGUGUACACAAUCAUUGUGCUUAUAAUUGGAAUCAUGAAGUUGAUUGUGACAAGAGACAAUAUGAUCCAACACCAAUCUCAAGUGGCGUUUGUGAAUAUCAAUUCGGUAUUUAUGAAGACAGUCCCGAUUGUUCAACAAGCUAUAUCAAAUGUGAAUAUGGAGUUCCACAUCAAUUACCUUGCGAAAGAGGUUUAGUUUAUGAUCAAAGAAUCCAUGGAUGCAACUGGCCUGAUCUCUUAUUAGAAAAAUGUAAUCCAGAAGCUGUUGUUGGAUUCAAAUGUCCAGCUAAGGUUGAUCCAAACUCAUUAGCUGCACGUUUCUGGCCAUUCCCAAGAUUUGCAGGUCCAGACCGUCACUCACUCUUCCUCUGUACUGAAGGACAUCCACGAUUGAUUCAAUGCGGCGAAGAGAAAAUUUUCGACGAAAGUACAUUGACAUGUGAGGACGCAUAAACAGCAUAAUUAAAAGAUUAUUAAAAAAAAAACGUCUUCUUCCUUUCCCGAAACUGUUGUAUAAAAUCACUUCCGAAUUCUUACUUGCCCACAUUUAAUUUCAUCGUAAAAUGUUUAUUGUAUG